UUCACUGCAUUUCAAGGUCACAAUGACGAACGCUAACUGUUGAUAGGUACAUUAUUACUAAAUGUGUUUAGUCAUUCGAUAUUGUGUGAUAAAAAAUAAUAUACAAAUAUAAACGAAGAAUAUGUGAGGUAACAAAUAUUUAUCAAUUCCGCGUUGAACAUUGAACAGAUUGAAGUCAGUACGAUUAGAAAUUUGUUAGAAGGCGCGCGUAUGUUUGCUGAUCUUUGAAGAUGUCAAAGCUAUUAACAAUAAUAGCAGCGGUCGUCGCGAUAGUCAUAGCAUGGAGUCUUCUAAGCCCCAGUCCGAAGCCACCAGUAUUCGACCCAGAGGAAUGGUGGGGCCCUAUGGAGCUGAAAGGCAAACAGGAUACCAGCAUACGACCGUUUACUAUUAAAUUUGACGAUGCAAUGAUCAAAGACCUAAAGCAACGCUUAAAGGCACACCGUCCAUUAACACCGCCUCUGGAAGGCAUCGCUUUUGAAUACGGAUUCAAUACCAAAGAAUUAGAAGGCUACUUGAAGUACUGGGCGGAGGAGUAUCCUUUCAAAGAGAGGGAAAAGGUUCUAAAUCAGUUCCCACAAUUCAAGACGAAUAUCCAAGGUCUUGACAUUCACUUUUUAAGGGUCACGCCAAAGGUACCCGCUGGUGUAACGGUCGUUCCAUUAUUGAUUCUCCACGGCUGGCCAGGAUCUGUCAGAGAGUUCUAUGAAGUUAUUCCCUUGUUGACGAAACAAAGACCAGGAUAUGACUUUGUGUUUGAAGUUAUUGCACCCAGUAUGCCAGGUUUUGGAUUUUCUGAUGGAGCUACCCGUCCAGGAGUAGCACUUGCGCAGAUGGCAGUUAUUUACAGAAACCUAAUGCAAAGACUUGGCUUCAAGAAGUUUUACAUCCAGGGCGGGAACUGGGGAUCGGGCAUCGCAGCUGCUAUGGAUACUUUGUACCCUGAAGCAGUACUCGGUCAUCACGAUAAUGGUGUCUUCAUUCAAUCAGGCGCUGCAACGCGUAAGAUGAUCCUUGGAGCAUUCUUCCCAUCGCUGGUCGUGGAGCCACAUUUAGCUGAUCGCAUGUAUCCCUUGUCCUGGCUGUUCUCAUAUGCUUUGGAGGAAUUCGGUUACUUACAUCUUCAUGCGACUAAACCUGACUCUAUCGGAGUUAGUUUAUCUGACUCACCAUCUGGUCUGGCUGCUUAUAUCCUGGAGAAGUUCUCGACAUGGACUAAUCGCGCUCAUCGUUCUCUCCCCGACGGAGGACUUAAGAAGUUCAGCAAAGAACAGCUCUUCGAUAAUAUAAUGAUCUAUUGGACUUCUAAUUCUAUUAAUACUGCUAUCAGAAUCUACGCGAAUGUUCUCAGCAAGAAGUAUAUGGAAUUAGAUUUGGAUUCCUACCCAACAAAAGUACCGCUAUGGGUGAUGCAAGCGAAGCACGAAUUAUUCUACAUGCCUCCCAGCAUAAUAGAAACAAAGUUCACCAAUGUUUUGAACUACACAGUAUUGGACUAUGGAGGUCACUUCAUCGCCUUGGAACUACCUCAUGUAUUGGCUGAUGAUCUCUUCAAAGCUGUUAAAGCAUUCAGAAAUUGGCAUAAAGUAAACAAAACAGAACUGUAACAUUAUUUAAUUUUUAAAUGAAUAUUUUUUUCUUUA